CCCCACCGGCUGUUUGGUUUCCUGACUCAGCCCACUUUUUUUGGAGAAAGAAGAAGUACACAUGGAAACUCAUUUUCACUUUCAUUCGUUGUCCCUGGCAAAAGCAAAAGUGCACAGAAUCUGCCUGCAGAGAAGCUGAGGCUGGGUGUAUCCGUGGUGCGGGUUCGAGAUAACCAACCGUGGACACCCUCUUCCUAUUUAUAGGACUGGGCAUUGAGUUCCUGGCCGGGAGGAAAGAUGGAGAAUUCGCUCAGAGAUCAGCUGAAAUGCUAUGGCCUCCUUUUCCUGAGUAUCGCCGGUGUUUACGGACUUGCUUUGGCCUUGGUGCCUCUGGCAGUGCUUAUCUACAUGGUGAUCAUGGAAGUUCAAUUCCUCCUCUUCCCAGGAAUAUUCUUCUCAUACGUCACCUCGUGGUAUAACGAAAGGUCCAUCCAUAUCAAAGACCUCUUGGGAAGCAUUGUUCUUCUUCUGCUUGCAGCUGGACUAAUUUUGGAGUCUAGUGAAGAGCUCACUGUUGCUCAUAAAAUAUUUGUUAUUGGCUCCCUUGUCAUCAAAUUGUAUAUCGCACCCCUCGUAUGUCAUUUGUUGGAGGCAGAGGUUUUCAGCAGUUUCAGGGACAGAGUUUUCUGCUUUCCGAUCUACUUAAUCUCCAGUGACCGUCUCGUUCUUGAAGUUGUGAUUUUCGUCUUGCUUCUGAUAGGAACGUGCACCUUGUACUGCACAUCCUCUCCAGGACAUAACAGUGGGAGUCUUUUCUUAUGGGCAAUGGCUUCCAUCCUGCUGAUGGCUCGGAUUGCGUGCCUGGAAAACCAUGUGAAUGUCAGGAGUGUUGACAGAACUUCAAGCACAGCCUCAUUUCAGACGGAGCCUGAACACUGAUGAAGAACAUUUUAUUAAACAACUGUUGAUCAGAAGCCGCCCUUUGCAUCUUACCUUGCAAAGCACUGCUUCUGUUCCUCUCCACAAGAAGACCCUUACAACUACUACGCGUUACCUUGGAGUGUUAGCAAGGGCCAUGUUUUGUUCUGACUCUUCCAAGGGCCCCUGUGCCUAUUUACUUAUGUCAAGGACUGUUGCACUUCUUGCUGGGCUAGCACAGCGUGUUAAACUGCCUGCUAUAGAAGGUUGGCAGUUCAAGCCUGGGUUGGGGUGAGCUCCCACCUCAUCUAGCAAUUCAAAAAUAACAAUGUAAGUAGAUAAAUAGGUACUGCUUUGGCGGGGAGGUAAAAAGGUGCCCUGAAAAAACAUGCCGGCAAAAAUCUGAUCAGGAAAGGCAUCCAUGGAUGUCAGGCUCCUUGGCAUGGAAAAUGAAACAACAGCGCCUUCCCAUGGCCAAGUCAAGCACAGCCGGAUACUGGAGAUGAAAAGAGGGAAGCCUUGCCUCUGUUUAUGUUUUGUCUGUCUUUGUCAAUUGUAUAACAGCACUGAAUGUUUGCCAUAUAUAUACCUGUAAGUCGCUCUGAGUCCCCUUGGGAGAUAGAGCAGAAUAUAUGUGCUGGUACGGCUGUACCAGAAGCUCCAGCUUUAUUUUCUUUCUGCUAAUGCUUGCAGUCAUAGGGCAGGCCGUCUGUCCAUCAUCAUUAAGUUUGGUUCCGCCCCUUGUUCAGGGCUCUGGGAGGGAAGGAGCCAUUUUUAAGUCUGUCUUACUUAAGGAAGCUAAGCUAUAGGACGUAGACCAGCUCGUCCUGUAGAAAAGCUUCAUAUCUCAAGAACAUCCGGGGAUAUAGAACAUCCGAGGAAUCAGAAACAGAAAUUCCAGGGGAAAGAUCCCAAAGGUUCUGGCUAAGAGCUCACAGCCUCUCAACCUCACAGCUCCUGAGGGAUACAGCCCUAAAGUUUCCAAAUAAACCUCGGAGAGGGAACAGCACCAGAGAUCCAUGGAACCCCAGCUGAAACAUUUGCAAGCCUUGGUUGGUAGGUCCACUCGAUACCCAGACACAUUUGGAAUCGGUAGUGGGUCCCACAUCAGCUAGGCCCAUAUGAUAGACAGCCUGGAAGAGGUUAUAAGAGGAUUUUCUGCUUAUAGAGAAAGCACAGUUAUCCAAAGCCAAUUGUCUGUCCCCUGGGGACAAGACAGAAAAGACCAACAGUUUAUUAAGGAAACCUUGAAGUGCUAUUUACAAUAAUAAAGACUUUGUUAUCUCAUUAAAGACUCAAAGGACUAUCCCUUUCAGGAAAAUCCUCAAGAACCUCUCUUUGAGGCACCCUGGCUUCCCGCUGGGCAUAAAGUAUACGUCCUAUACCAAGACAAUAGUUACAGGCCCAGCGCGUGACAGAACAUGCACUUCUUGCUGGGCUAGCACAGCGGGUUAAACUGCCUGCUAUAGAAGAACCUGCCGACCGGAAGGUUGGCAGUUCAAGCCUGGGUUGGGGUGAGCUCCCACCUCACCUAGCAGUUCAAAAAUAACUAUGUAAGUAGAUAAAUAGGUACUGCUUUGGCGGGGAGGUAAAAAGGCGCCCUGAAAAAACAUGCCAGCAAAAAUACAACCAGGAAAUGUGUCCAUGGAUGACAGACUCCUCGGCAUGGGAAAUGAAACAACAGCACCUUCCCAUGACCGAGUCAAGCACAGCCGGAUACUGGAGAUGAAAAGAGGGAAGCCUUGCCUCUGUUUAUGUUUUGUCUGUCUUUGUCAAUUGUAUAACAGCACUGAAUGUUUGCCAUAUAUGUACCUGUAAUUCGCUCUGAGUCCCCUCGGGGAGAUAGAACAGAAUAUACAUAAAGUAUAUUAUUAUUGUU